GAAGCUUUCAUUUGAGUUCGCAGCUUAUCAGGUGACGGGUCGGUGGUUGUUUGUAUUCAAGUGUUCGCUCUUCUGUUCGUUUAACCGCCAAACACUUUAAUAAUAACACGUAUACGACAAGUUCGCCAGUGGGGCAGGUGCAAGUGCAUGUGAAUUGUUGAAAAAACUUAAAUUUAGAAUUGGAAUUUAUAAAAUAAACAACAACAACAACAACAACGAUGCGCGUAAAGUUCGUUCUGCUCGCGCUGAUCCUCGCCAGCUGCCUGCUGAGCGCGACGCGUGCCCACUGCUCGCUGGACGAUAUGAAGGCGUUCGCCAUGGAGGCGUGCGAGCGCCUGUUCCAGCGGGACGAGGGCAGGGAGCGGCGCUCCAUAGACUACGGCGAUCAUCAUGCAAAUAAAUUGUCGCAUGAGAAAAUGCACAAAGGUCAGCAUUACGUCGGGCGCAGCAGCUAUCCGCACGGCGGCUACCUGAAGGUCAGCGAGCAGCACUUCCAUCGCCUCAUCGGGAUGGACGUGAUGCCGCGCUACAAGCCCCGCAAGCACCACCAGAUCAUGAAGCUGCGCCCCAAGCGGGACAGCUCCGCCAAGCACUACAACAACAUCUCCUACUGCUGCUACAAUCGCUGCAACGACGAGUUCUUCUGCUGAGCUACAAGAGAGAAACAACAACAACAACAAUGGAGGAGGAGGAGGAGGAGGAGGAGGAUCCUCCCCCAGGAAUAGUCAGCAACUGUUUCCGUCCCUAGCAUAAGAUAUAUGUAUAUUGAUUUAUCAUAUUUGUAACGCGCUCACUCUUAUAGAGUAGGUACCUUAAUUUGUUGCCCUGGCAGCGGGCCAGCAGAUCUUGUCACAGUAUUACACCGUAGAACAAUGCUUAAAGUAUUAAGUUAAAUAAGCUCCUAGAUUGUAAGACCUAAUAUCAAAUACAACAUUUAUCUUUACAUAUAUAAAA